AUGACGGCCAGCGCGGCAGCGCGGGGGCGGCGGCCUGGCGUCGGGGUGGGAGUGGUGGUGACUAGCAGCAGCCAUCCUCGUUGUGUCCUCCUGGGCAAGAGGAAAGGGUCGUUUGGAGCCGGCACUUUCCAGCUUCCUGGGGGUCAUUUGGAGUUCGGUGAAAGCUGGGAGGAAUGUGCUCAAAGGGAAACCUGGGAAGAAGCAGCUCUUCAUCUGAAAAAUGUUCGCUUUGCCUCGGUUGUGAAUUCUUUCGUUGAGGAAGAGAAUUACCAUUAUGUCACUAUACUAAUGAAAGGAGAGGUGGAUGUGACUCAGGAUUCAGAACCAAAAAAUGUAGAGCCUGAGAAAAAUGAAAGAGCAGAAAUUUUGGCUUCUUCAUCUUUGACUCGCCCCUGCCUGACACUGUGCCUGGCUCGUAAUCAGUGUUCGGAAGAUGUUGAAGGAAGGACGCUUCCAGGGAAUGAAUAUACCAGCAAACCUCUUGCUGUGAGCUUCUCAAAUGUGGUACCUACAUUGGCCUGCUUUUCAAUAACUUCUAAAAGGUCCUUAUUCAGCUUUCUGAAGUUCUUCUAAAAGGUUAUUACCCUACUUUAUGAAGUUCUUUAUUAGAGUUUUUGUUACUAUAUUAUUGUAUAUAUUGUUUUUACCUCCUGGAAUAUAGUAGUUUUGAGUAGUUUUUACAUGCUUUGUGAUUUUUUAAUUCAUUUAUGUAACUUUUUUUGUUUGCCUACCUUCGCUCUGUUGACCCUCUGACGUUGCUAGUCAUCUCACAUCAAGCAGUGUGAUUUUACAAAGCCCAAGGUUAAAGCCCCAAGUCAGAUUUGAUCAGAAACACUUGUUCCUCUCUAUCUCUUAGAAACAGUGUAGCAGGAAUUAUUUUCACUUUUUUCCCAGUUGGAGCCCUUGCUGGUAACCACCUGCAGCCUGGCCAAGAUGCAACGGCUCGGUGGGGCUUUGUUUUACUUAUAGUAUAGAGAUGCCGUCUCUGUCCCAUGUUCAUCAGGUCCUGGAUCUGGAUAGCCUGCUUCAGUUUACUAGUUACUGCAUCUUUCCUCCCACCAUCUGAUUAUAAUGAGGGGGAUCAUCCGGAUGCUUCAUAUUCUAGGAGAUGGGGGAUAAACUUUACAGACAGCUCUUGAGAUUCAGUUAAUUCAGCAUCUUGCAGCACACUGUUGGGCAAUCUGUCUCUCUCUGUCUCUCUCUCUCUUUCUCACUCUCUCACUCUGUUAGCACAUGGCAAUAGUUGCUGAUCACCCCUUCCUGAACUUGUUCCAAUUUCAUGGAUUCUUUGUCCCCUGCCUUCCCAGAAUGAAACUACAUGCCUGUA